AUCUGUUUUACUAAUUGGGUCAUCUUUUAAAAAUAAAAAAGGAAGUGGAGGAGAUGGUUCUAGAGUGAUCUAGUUCAUUGUUUGAUAUAAUUAUCUGAAGUGAGGUUCAAGGGUUUAAAUUCGGUUGGUGUUUCAAUUGUGGCUGUUUCUUGUGUACUCUUUUCAUAUUUUCUUUUAUUCGCACAUUGUGCCUUAAUGGAAUAAUCUUUUCAUCGAACCUGGUUUAGUGUUUAAGUCGCAGGGGUCUAAAUUUUGGCUUGGAAUUGUUUAGAAUGUUGCAAUGAUCAAUUCCUGCUUCAUUUCUUAUAAAGGAUCGAUAAACAAAGAUACUCCCUUGGCAAGUUUCAUAGUGUGGUUAAUCAUUUUGUUGCAGGACUUACAUUUCUUGUUGUUUUACUUUAUGUUAGCUCACCCAGGCUUCCUUUGACAAGGAUAUUUACUUUUGCAAUCCGGUCAUUGACUCGGCCAUGAAGCGGGCGAUGCCAUGGACUGAGCAUGUUGAUGUUAUAUCAUCAGGUGAAUCAUCUUCCUCAGAUGCAGAUGAUGGGUAUGGUUGUCAGCAGUCAAUCAAUGAUACUACAGUUAUCAAAGAUUUGACAUCUGAAGGUGCACUGUUCAAAAAGGCAGAAUUGUAUCAGGAAUACAUGAAACAGAUUCCAAUUCCGACACACCGUGGUUCUAUUAUUCCAUUUACCUCAUGGAUGGGACUAGGCAAUUCGAUUAAGCAGUUAUAUCAGCAACCCUUGCAUUACCUCACUAAUAUUCUCUUAAAGCAGUGGGACAAAUCAAGGUUUGACUCCGAAGAUGAGUAUAAGCCCCUGGAUACAGUCAUUCAUCCCUGUAAAGCUGAAGCCACCAUUUGGCUCAUUGAAGAAGUCCACCGCUGCACCUCUUCUCAUCAUCAUCUAGCUAAAAUCUGGCUUUCUGAUCCAAUGCACAAUACCUUCAUUGAUUCCAUAUUCCCAAAUUCAUGAACCACAUCUUGAAGAGCCAUCUGUUUUCACCCUUGUGUUGACUGUUUAAUAGAUGCUCUUUAAUUUCUUCAUGUGGUUUGGAUCUGUACAAUAUGAACUUGAAAUAAACUCAUUCAUCAGUUCUUUAUUUCA